GAAGACGCCGGCGUGCGCGCGUCCGGCGGCCGCCCGGUUCUUAUAGCGCCGCAGGCGGCGGUUGCGCGGGGACGGUAGGACGGUAGGAUGGCGGACGUGAGACUCGUGGUGUUGGGGCUCGUGCUGCUGAGCACCCAGGGCGGCUCUGGGGCAGGGAGCAGGAUCUGGACCUCGAUAGAUGAUGUUGGCUCCAAAUUACGCCUCACCUGUGCCCUGAAUCACAGCGCCACUGAGAUUGCCGGCCACCGCUGGGAGAAGGGGGGCAAGGUGCUAAAGGAGGAUGCGCUGCCUGACCUGAGGACAGAGUUUGAGGUGGACUCAGACGACCGCUCAGGCCAGUACUCCUGCAUCUUCCUGCCAGAGCAUGCGGGCCGCACAGACCUGGAAGUGAAGGGGCCACCUAAUGUCAAGGCCGUGAAGAAGUCAGAGCACGCUACCGAGGGGGAGACCGUGGUGCUGGCCUGCAAGUCGGACUCCUUUCCGCCAGUCACCGAGUGGCUAUGGUACAAGAUGAGUGACUCUGGGGACCAGGUCAUCGCCAACAGCUCACAGAACAAGUUCUUCGUGGUCUCCUCGGAGACCAAGACAGAGCUGCACAUCCCAGACCUGGACCUGAAGGAGGACCCGGGCAAGUACGCGUGCAACGGCACCAGCUCUGAGGGCACCGGCCAGGCGGUCAUCAUGCUGCGUGUGCGCAACCGCUUUGCCGCCCUCUGGCCCUUUUUGGGCAUCGUGGCUGAGGUGCUUGUGCUGGUCACCGUCAUCUUCAUCUAUGAGAAGCGGCGGAAGCCGGAUGAGGUCCUGGAUGAUGAGGACACCGGCUCUGCUCCACUGAAGAGCAGCGGACACCACGUGAAUGACAAAGGCAAGAACGUUCGCCAGAGGAAUGCCAGCUGAGAGGUGCUGAGCAUGAGUCUGCAUGGGCACGCCGGCCUGUCUGGAGGAGCCUGGUGUUCCCCUGGUGUUUGCACAACCCCACGUUCCUUCCUCUUAAGGAAACCCGCCCAGCAAAAGCAAACCACCUUGUGUGUUCAAAUCACAUCUUCUCUUCUUUUUCACAAAACGAAGCUAGGUCUUUCUAUGUGUAGAAUCCUGUCCCUUGGGGGUUUUGCUUCCCUUUUUAAACAUUUCACAAGCACCUCAGGGCAGUUGUGAGGCUCCUGUGAUGUUCCUGCCGUGCCCUGGCCCAGCCCCCACUGCCUCUGUCUUGUGCCCUCACUGUCCACCUGCCUGGAGCCCCACCCUGAUGCCCCCCCCCGGCCCCAUGUCCCCGGCCCCAUGUCCCCGGCCCCACCCUGAUGCCCCCCCCCCCAACCCCCAUGUUGUUGGCCUCCUAGUCUGCCACACUGGGUGGGGUGUGGAGGACAGACCUUUUUCUGAGGUUCCUGCCCCAGGUCCAUCUCCCUGAGGCUGCUGGGCCCUGUUGGGCCAGGGCCAGGUCCCUGCCUUUUGCAGAAGGUCACAGGUCGUGUGCAGUGCCAAUCCUCCUGCUGUGUGAAGCUGGUGCUGUUGAGUCACUGCAGGUCUGUGUGGUGACUCGGGACAGCUCUGGCCACGUGGCCCCCCUCAGGGCUCCCCACUUCCCAUACGCCCAGGAAGAGGGCAGUCCGGCUCUCCACUUGGAGCAGGAGCUGCUGUGACCUCCCCAGCUGGGCCUGAGCCCCUCCCCUACCUUCCUGCUCACCAAUAAAGGCUGACCCUAC